GACAGGUCAUGCUCACCCUGCAAAGCUGCUAGAUUAAAAGCACAGUGACCAUUUCAGUUACAAGCUGUUUUUAUUAGAAGCAUGACUUGAGGAAGAAGUGAAUACCAAAAUAAGCAAUUCUGCGGGGUCAGAGGUGUUCUCUGAGGAAGCACACUCAAUGUCUCGUGAAAUUCUCGAGGCAGGGGCAGGGCUGCUGGAAACAGGAAGUGGCUCCCAACAGGUGUUGGGCCCAAGGAGGGUAUUUAGGGGCUCCAGAAGCAAAGAGCAGCAAACCUCCCUCACCUCUCUGAGUCCUGUCUCCUCUCUGCACCUGAGUCCUCUCUUCUCACCAUGGGUUGCUGUGGCUGUAGAGGUGGCGGUGGCUGCCACAGUGGCUGUGGUGGCUGUGGUGGCUGUGGCAGCUGCACCACCUGCAGGUGCUACCGGGUGGGCCGCUGCUCUGACUGCUGCUCCUGCUGCCACGGCUGCUGUGGGGGCUGCUGCAGCACCCCCGUGGUCUGCUGCUGCCGCCACUCCUGUGGGUCCUGUGGCUGUGGCUCCAGUGGCCAUGGCUGUGGAAGGGGCUGUUGCCAGCAAAAGUACUGCUGCCACUAGGUGGGCUGGCUGGCUCUGCCUCUGAGCUGAGAAAUGUGGAAGACUUUGCUCCCGGCAUUUGCUAAGACUUUGCUCCCCGCCUCAGUCUGCUUCCUCCCCACCCCCUCCAGCUGGAUGGACUGGAACUGCUUUUCCUGACACUGCACUGUUGUUUCUUUCCCUUCACAAUGGUACUACGAGUACUCCAAUUCCUUUUCCCUGUAUCUUCCAAGACUUAGUACCUAGAAAGCACCUAUCCUCUAUUCUUUGUAAUCUUCAUCUCAGGAAAAUAAAAAAUAAAAGACUAAAACGUGUUUUCAACAUCAGCAAUGGCAGCACAGCCAAGCAUGGGAAAGUUCUAUAAUAUUACAGCUAAUAUUUCAUUUUCUUAAAAAAAAAUCACUUAUGAUCUUUGUUUCUUUCACAUAGUACUUCUUUCCUGUUUCCAUAUCUGUGGGGUUUUUUGUGUGUUUGUUUUUUAUGGAAAAAAGAAAACAAACUCUUUCCUAAUAAAAGAAAAAAUAUCUCCUUAUUCUAAUUUGUCUCUUUCCUGUAAGACGUGUA